GUCUACAUGUGACUUUGGCUUCCGUUGCUCUCUUGCUUCCGCAAAUACAUAUAGACUUCUCUACACACUAGCAGAACACAUUCGACUGUCCGAGGCGAGGAAACGGCACAGUUUUCUCCAUCAACACCUGAUGUAGUGAUGGUGUGCAGAGAAGCAGGAGCGCACCAACCAACCCGCCUUGUGAGCAUGAAAAGAUGCUGGGCAUCAGAGUCCUUCUCUGCUUUGGCUUUGUGGCUGUACUGCCAGCUCUUUGCUUCCCUCACACCAUCUGCACACUGACUCAAAGGACAGCUAUAUGUAACAGUCUGAGACUCUCAACCAUUCCCAGCAACUUGCCACAGCAAAUAGAAGAGCUUUUUUUGAAUAAGAACUUCAUUUUAAAAUUAAAGAAUGGCUGCCUCUCAAGGUAUCCUUACCUUCAGAUGUUCAGCUGUGCAAACUGCUUUUUGAAUGCAGUAGAUGCACAAGUCUUCUCCAAUUCACCUCUGAUAGAGAACCUCAAUUUUGCAGACAAUGAACUUCACAAGGAGCACAAUCAUUUUGCCCAGUCUCUGGGCUCUUUAACCAGGCUAAGAAUUCUGGAUCUUUCUGGCAAUGGGCUCACAGAGGACAUGGUUUCUGAGAUCGUACAAAACCUCACAUCCCUUGAGAUCCUGGAUUUGUCCAGGAAUGUUCUACUAAGACUGGACGAGUAUACAUUUAGAGAUCUUCAUCACCUCAAAGAACUGAAUCUAGAGAGGAAUGUUUUGUUUGAGAUUGAUGACGCUUUUGAUCACUUAAAAAAGCUCAGACGGCUUAACUUGGCAUUCAAUUCUCUGCCGUGCCUCGUCAAAUUUGAGAUGACCCAGUUGGUGGUACUUAAUGCCAGUCACAACCUCAUUGAAUGGUUUAUAACUAAUCAGGACAUCACAAAAACCUUUGAGCUGGAGACACUGGACUUGUCUGAUAACCGCCUCCUGUAUUUUCCAUUCCUUCCGACCUACAAUCGCAUUAAAACACUGUUACUAUCCAAUAACCAUAUUGGAUUUUACGGUCAUCUGUCACAGAACACCUCUUUAAAUUGGACCAAUAGUGUUGAGUUCUACAAUUUGGGUGCAAAUGCCAGUAAUGUUACAGCAGAACUUUGGCGUGAUGACCUUCAUGGAGAUCUAUCUUCUGUGGAAAUAAUAGAUCUCAGUGUUAACCAGGUGAGAUACCUUCCUCAGGGGUUUCUUCAGAAAAUGCCUCAUCUCUACUGGCUGAGGAUGAGGAGCAACUGCUUAGAAUCGCUCAAUCUAUCAGAAGAGGAGCUCCCUGUAACUUUGUAUGAGCUGGAUGUGAGCAACAACAGACUGGCUGAACUGCAUUCACACUCCAGCUCAGUCAGUGAACUAAAUAACCUUACACAUUUAAACCUGAGCUUAAACAACAUACAGAAGCUUCCCUCUGGAGUGUUCACUACUUUUCCUAGUCUCAGCAUUGUGGACCUCAGUUAUAACACAGUCCGUGUGUGCCAUCCUACAGAGAUAUACAACUCAGACUCUUCAGCUUGCGCUGUUUGGACAAACAUUCCCACAUUAAAACAGCUCCACAUUGCUGGAUGCAAUUUAAACAAUAUUCCUCCGUUAACAUUCUAUGGCACACCACUAACAUAUCUUGACUUGUCCAACAACCCAGACCUGCAUAUUUGCCAAGACUGUUUAUCAGGUCUCAGUGGGACUCUCCAGCACCUAAGCCUGAGCAACACAGGUUUGCAGGACUUCAACUUUUCUCCAUUUAAACAGUUAACAUUUUUAAACAUUUCCAAAAACUCAAUGUCAGAGCUUCCAAAGUCUCUGAUGACACUGAACUUAAAGCUCCUGGACUUGAGGGACAACAUGUUGUCCACUAUUGAACUAGAACAUGCCACUGUGCUAGCUGAGCAACUGCAGAUUGUUUAUAUUAAUGGAAAUAAUUUCAACUGCUGCCAGUUAGAGUGGUACAGGAUAUUUGAGAAGUCCGAAAACCUCUGUGUUGCUGAUCUUUUGGAGUUCACAUGUGUAGACUCACACCAGCAGAAACUAAAAGCUGGUCUUUUUGAGUCUGUCCUUUGUGGGGGCAGAAGCACAGAUGAAUCUAUGUUCUGGUACAUUUUGCUAUUUUUAUCUGUUGGUGUGUCCAUGGUGGGUGUCUCUGUCAUUUAUUUCCUGACUUUCAGACCAAGAUUACUGCCACGUGUGAUAAAAAAGAAAUGUUGGAAGCCCACAACUUAUUAGAAAACACACAGUAACACCGCUCAGAUAAAACAAAUAGUGUGAUGUUACACUAACAAACAAAACGGUCUCAUGUGGGGGGGUGAGGAGGUGUGCGGUCUUCAAGUGUCAUGUUUUGGCAAAUAGGAUACAGAUGUACAAGAUGGGUAGCUUUUGUUCAAGACAUUAAACAGAGUUUGUUUUCCUGUAGAAACCUGUCACUGGAAAAGUUUAUAAAGGUCAUUUUCAAUUUCAGUUACAAACAGAAAUGUAAUGAUGCUACAAAGAAUUAAAAGAAAGGAGUGAUUUAGCAGAAUAAUUUAUAAUAAUUUAAUAAUAGUAACAAGAAAGACAAGCUGUAUUGUGAUUAUUAUUAUUAUUAUUAUUAUUAUUAUUAUUAUUAUUAUUAUUAUUAUUAUUAUUAUUAUUGUACUGGCACAAACUGGUGUUUUCUU